UCUAUUAAUUUUAAAUUUUUUUCAAAAUUUAUUUUUUUAUUCAAUCUAAAAUAUUGCUUAAUGUUUUUAGCUUUGUCAGACACUUUUUUACCUCAACAUUCAAUUACAGAGGAACAAUCAACAUCUUAUUCUGGUACAUUAUUUUCAUCUCCCGAAUCUCAAGAAUCCAAAAAAAAGCUUCUGAAAAACAGACGUACAAAAAACUGCGCUUGGACCAGAGAAGUUAGUUAAAAAUCAAUUUCCUAUGGAAGUUGGAAAAUACCAGCACAUGAUGUUCAAGAUGCUUUCAAAGGUUCUUGAAAAGCAAGAGCUUAUUUUAGCAUUAAACAAGCAACCACAAAGUAAUAUUGCAAUCAAGCAGUUAGAAACAAUUGCAGAGUUUGAGGACUUUAACAAAAGUUUAGUGGAUGAUUGUGUUAGACUUGAUUUGGUUAAACAACUCAGUUUUUUAUGUGCCGAAGAUUUUAAACAACUGACAAGAUUGGUCAUGAAUAGAUUAUUUACAAAUACCCUGUUGACACAGUUCAACUUAAAAGGUUCUGGCGGAAAGAUUGGUUUACAUUUAACCAAACUAUAUGAUGUAAUAGAAGAAGUAGUAAAAAGAAGGUUUGAAAAGGUUUCAAAUGCUGAAAUUAAAGAGCAAAUUAGACGUUUUUGUAAAAAUGCUCCUUCGCGGGAAAAAAAUAAAUAAAACGAAUUAUUCUUUUUUAUUUUUUCUGUAAAUUUUCAUAUAGAAAUCUUUUUUAUUUUGUGUAAAUUGUUAUAUAGAAAGAUAUUAAUUAACAAUCCAA